AUGACUUCAGAGAAUGCAGUGAUGGCUAAAGAAAGUUUGAUGGAAAUCGGCAACUCCAUGAAGUGUGGAGAUCUAGAUCCCAUUUUGAAUGUCACCGAAUCUGACCCUUUUGAGGGAUACAAUUGUGGUUUUGCUGCCGCUGAGGCUUUUUUCAAUGAUGGAGUGAAGGUGACACAGAUCCUCAAAGUUGCCAACUUCAGAACUGUGUCCCGCUGUUGGGUUCCAGCACAGAUCCAGUCCCAGCAGCCGAUGCUGAGAUUCUUCUCUUCGAGACAGAGAUGUAUCAACUUCAACAAUGUGAACGAGCACGACAACGGCGUGAACUUGAUUUCCAACGAUGACGUUUUUGCUAGCGAGGAGGUGAAGCACCAGAACGAGGCUCCAUUCGAGCCCACUGUGUUUUCCUCUGAGGAUGUCUUCACUGCUGGUCCAGUGAACAAGGCAUAA